AUGUUCUGGCGGAAGAAGAAGUCGUUCGCCGGCAAGCACGUCUGCAUCACCGGCGGCUCGGAAGGGCUGGGGCUGGCCCUGGCGAUGGAAUUCGUCCGGGAGGCCGCCCACGUGACGAUAAUCUCCCGCAGCGCCGCCAAGUUGAGCGCCGCAUCCGAGGGCCUAAAGCGCCUGGCCGGGGAGCUGGGAUCCGCCGGCAGGAUCGCGCACACCAGCGCCGACGUGACGGAUUUCGGUGGCGUGCGGGAUGCGGUCGCGAGGGUGGAGGCGGAGGGCGGGCCGGUGGACGUCCUGGUGUGCUGCGCGGGCGCCUGCAAACUCGGCCACUUCACGGACCUGAAGGCGGACGACUUCGAGUCGGCGAUGCGGCUCAACUACAUGGGGACGGUGAACGCGCUGCAGGCGGCGCUGCCGCGGAUGGAGACGCGCGAUCGGGGACUGGUGGUGAUCAUCGCGUCCGCCAUGGCCGUCAACGGGAUGGCAUGCAACUCGAGCUAUGCGCCCACCAAGUGGGCGCUGCGCGGCUUGGCGGACAGCCUGAGGAUGGAGUACCAGGGCACAGGGGUGGGGUUCUGCAUCGCGUACCCGCCGGACACGGCCACGCCGGGGCUGGAGGCCACGCUGGAGGGCCAGGAGGAGGGGUCGGAGGCGCGACAGCUGAUGGAGUUGGGCGGAGAGACGUACUCCGUGGAGGCAGUGUCCAAGGCGAUAAUGAAGGGGUUGAAGAGGGGCGACUACCACCUGCCAUCGCCAGACUUCCUUCAGAAUUUGACUGUGUCGUCCAUGUCUGGCCUGUCUCCAGCACCCCUGUGGCUACCUUUCCAGAUGCUCGUAUCCAGCAUAUUGGUGCCCAUAUAUGCUGUGUAUUUGAGGAAGUUCGAUGCCAUCGUGAGGAAUGCACGGAAGCGGAGCAAGAGCAAAAAGGACAAUUAG